AUGAAGGCCGAGCGGGAAAAUGACCGGAAUCUCAUGCGCGAUGCGCGCGAGAAUGUGGAGGUUGCCACGAACCGGCUCUCGGAGGGAUAUGAGCUUCGCCUCAUUCAGGUCGAUGCAGAUCGCGCAGUGCUGGCCGAGCAGGUGCGACAGCUGGAGAUGGAGAUCCGGAACCUCCAUGGCAACCACCUUCAGGACAUCCAGGCGCACCGUGGCUGGCACUCAAACGCCUUGGACGCGCUCUUCGAGAUGGGCGGUGUUGAGACAGCUUGGAUGGCUGCGAUGGCUCGCCUUACACUGCGCGCCUGGAAGCAGCUGCUGCAUGGCAAGGAAGACUGUCACCGACGCCGGUGUCUUUCUGGAAAGGUUGCGGCGCGGCAUGUCCAGGAGACAGACCUUCAAGCCAAGCGUGCACUUUGGGCUGCGUGGCGCAGCGUGGCACUUCACCACGCCCAGCGGCACCGGAGCGCGGGUGCCGUGGCACAGGCUUUGGCACGAGCCUCCGCGGGGGAGUCGAUGAGGCGCGGGGCCUUCGCCGCCUGGCGCCUGGCGGUCCAUCCGCUGCGAGGGUCUGCACGGAAGGCCAUGGUGAGCAUGCGCCUGGCUGCUGUGCAACAUCGCCAACGUGCUGCGCAACGAGACUUCCGCAGGAGCUGCUGGGAAAUCUGGGCUGCGAAUGCGCGCGAGGAGGCGAGAAGCCGGCGGGCGGAGGCUGCUAUUGCAGCGCUGCGUGCCCAGGUAACUUCGCAGGCAGAGGCUGCCCAGGCUGCCCAGAUCUUGGCUGAAGAGCGACUUCAGCAAGUCGAGCUGCGGUUCCAGGAGUCAGAGAUGCUUGCUGCAGAGACCAGCAGCCAGCAACUCCUGGAUCAGAAGCUCGUGAGCGCGAAGCUCGAGUCACGGCUGUCCACUGCCUCUGAGCGUGAGGAGGAACUCCGCCUCGAGGUGUCCCGCCUGGCAGAUUUGCUGACCGCCGCGGAGGCCGAGGUCCUUGAAAAAGCCAGCAACAUCGAUCGUGCUGAGGAACGUCUUGCUGCAAAGACGGCCGAGGCAGAAGCCUUCGAGCAAGCUGAGCUCCGGCAGCACAAGCAGGAGGCGGCGGUGGCCGGGCGCCUUGCGCGACUGGUGCAGCAAGCGGCAGACCAGGAGGAGGAGAUAGUCUCGUUGCAGACCUCGCUGCAAGCAGAGCGGGCUGCGCUGGCUGUGCUGCGGCGCAGCGACCAGAUCACCGACGCUGUGACGACAGCCAAGAGUCUCCCUGUUCGCCUUGUCCGUAUGGACGUGGACGAUGUCAAAGACAGGUGGCGGCUUGAGCACAGCUUCUCUGUGUCAGCCAUUCACAAAUCUGGCACUCUGCCGGAAACGCUUCCACUGGCUUCGGAGAGACCAAAGCGGCUCGCUAGCCGGAGUCAGUAG